GAAAGCAGUCGGGGACAGAGAAGAGGAAGCUGGGCGACUUUGCCUAAUUGGGAAGAAAAACUUGGUAACCCGGUUGACGCUCUGUCCCUUCCCCACCAAGAUCCCCAGAAUUCUCUGACCUCAAGCUUCAACCACCCCCACACGUGCCAGUCGUGGGGCGUAGGUUCGCCCAUGACAUCAUGGCUCGGGCUCUCUUCUAUAAAAGGGACAGGAAGCCGCGGUGCCGGGCCCCAGGAUGGAUGCAGUUAGGGAGACAGGACCCUAGCCCGGGCGUUAGAAGAACUGCGGCUUUAAUAGCUCGGGAGUCGUAUCUACGCUAAUCACUGCAAGCCUCCUGCGCGGUGGGCACCCUCGGAGGGGACCAAGAGAUGCAGCUGUUGUUGAGGAUCCCUUCGUUUCCUGAGAGAGGCGAGUUGGACUGCGGCAUUUGCUAUCGGCCCUAUGACCUGCAGGGCCGGGCGCCACGCCGCUUGCCCGGGACAGCGCGGCAGCGUUGCGGCCACACGCUCUGUACCGCUUGCCUGCAGGAGCUGGCGGCCCGCGGCGACGGAAGCUGCGCAGCCGCCCGGGUGGUGCGCUUACGCCGGAUAAUCAUUUGCCCCUUCUGUCGUGCGCCCUCACCGGUACCGCGAGGUGGCGUCACACAAGUACCUUUGGACCCGGACUUAUGGUCUCUCCUGGAGAAAGAACGAGAAAAGGAAGAUACUGCGAACUCUGGGAGAGAGUGCGGUGACGCUUCAGAAAACGUGAACGAAGAUGAAGAGGCGGGGCCCUGGGGCGCGGCUUGGCGAGCGCUCUUAGGGCUGUGGGACAAAGCGGUGAGCCGGCGGCGACGCCCGUUACCUAGCAACGUGCUUUACUGCUGUCCAGAAAGUAAGACCCUUGCAGCCUACUAUUUGCGCUGAGAACGCCUUGAAAGUGAAAACAAGUUGCUACUUUUUGCUGUCCACCCCCACCCAUGAGGAUGGACCUGGACCACUGUUCUUCCUCCCUGCGGGUUCCAGGUGUUUGUAGGUGUGUAUGAGGAUGGAAAUGAAAACUCAUGAGGUAGUAUAAAUGCCUCCUUAACUUGGACGCUGGCCUCUAUACUCCAUUAUUCCAGGAGCUGACUCUAUACUUGCGGAAGGACAGAUUCAUGAUGGUUCCUUUGGCUUGUCUGUUGGAGCAGCUGCCAUGCCAGCAUUUCUGCAAAGUGAUUUGAAAUGUAGAAGGAAUGGCACAAUAGGAAAGACCUAUUUUUAAUUCCAAGUGAAUGAAUUCCUUCCCUCUUGCAUUAAGAGAGCCAAGAAAAUACCUGUGUUGUUACCUUGUUGCCAUAUUGUCUUUAUCGCUUCUUCCCCCUCCACCCAACUCCAAUUUUGUAUGGAUCUUUUAGCAUUUAUUUAUUUGUGUAUAUUUCUUAUUUCUCCUAGAGUAUAAGCCUGUCAAGGGCAGAAAACCAUUUUAUUUUUAUCCCCAAUCCCUAAUAAAUAAUACAUUUAUAAAUUUAAUAAAA